GCACAGUACACUCAACGUGUUUGGUGGACCGCCAUGGCGGACUUCUCGCGGUCAAGUUCUGUCUGACUCAGAGCGGGGCUGGGCUGCCCGCUCCAGGCUGCCCCACGCCAGCAUGUGAUGCUGAACAUGAACAUGAAGUACACAUUGAGUGCAGACCUCGCUGUGUUUUAACAUAUGUUGUUCACCCGCCAGUUGACGCAACUCUUGGAUUCAGCCCGCGGUCAUGUCGGAAUCCAGUCACGACCGAGACCCUUCUAGUUCAGUUUCGGGUGCCGAACCGCCUACGAAUGCUGCUGAGCGUACUCGUCCUCCUACUGCUCCUCCUCCUGCUCCUCCUCCACCUCCGCUUCCCCCACGGUUGGUUAGCGCCCGGCCUCCGCAACCUGUCGAGCACCGGCGCUCCCCUGAUCUUGACAAGCUGGCCUCGAUGCCUGAAAACCCUCUGUUCCGGAGGCUGCAGCCACCGCCAUAUGCGUAUAAGCCAACCUGGUACUUCUUCUAUAGCACCCUGACGAGCCCAGCUAUAUUGCGAGGGGUCUUGGGCCUUGAGUCGGAACCGGUCUUGCGCAGUGCCAAAACCUAUGGCUACGAACUUGCCAACUGGGGCCAGUACAAAACCCUCAUUGACAGCGAGCCUGGAACAGAAGUGACAGGCCGCGCCUACAUGGUCCAGUCUGCUGAGCAAGAGCGCAAGCUCGCCUACUACGAGACCAACGCGUACCGUCUAGCGCCCUGCGCGAUAUACUUCUCUGACAGUCCUGACGGGAAAGCGGAUGAGGUCCCAGCCAUCGGUAAAACCUUCCGGUAUGCCGGAGAUGCCCAAGCUCUGAAGCAAGGUCGCUUCGACUGGGCUCUGUGGGAAACGCAGAUGGGUAUACAAUUGCCGCCGAAGUGGCGUAGAGGAGAAGAGGGGGCUGAAGAGAAGGGCAAGGCAGAACAGGCCGUGGAAGGCGAGACUAGGGGCGUGGGGAGGAGCGCCAGCACUGAGCCUGGAGGCUUGAAAGAGAUACCGCCAAGCCACUGACCUCGUGUUUAUGGUAUCAUUUCCCGCGUCCCUACCCCUUGUGUCAUUGGGAUUUCGCGUAGUUAAAUACUCAAUAACUACCUUACGCUAUUGCUGAUUUU